GGGAUGGCGAAAGGCGCUCGUAGGCUUCCCAUUACAAGCGCCGGCGAUCGACGUCACGCGUUACUGCGCGUCUGUGGCAACCGCGUCUCGAGGCUACUGUACUUCGAGGUCACAACUACAGUUCACUCCAGACACACGCGUCUUUCGCUGCGAACGCCCUUGAUUACUGCAUAUCACUGUGUUUUAAGCUCGGCUUGUAGCUCAGGAUCUCGGACACGCCGCUUGUGCUGCAAUUCCAGCUUCAGUAUCACUCCUCGUACGUAAAUGAGACACCGCGACUGCGAAGUGCACAUUACGUGCGAUGGUCGGACGCUGGAUGAAUACAAUGUCGAAGUUGAGGGCAACGUCGUUGAGUGCUACGUGGCUAGUGAGGCUGGCAAGACAUUCAAAAUCAAAUGCAGUAAUCACUCCUUGGAGCACGUAUCAGUCUUGACUGCCGUAGACGGCCAGCAGUUUCCUCGACCGGAGGCCAUGAGCGGAGGCCGCUUAAACAGAACGCUUCGUUGCGAGGAUGGCCGCGUGGAUGGGACGAGGACACUGCUGUUUGCAGAAAUUCCCAUCACAGAUGAUGAAAAUGCUCCGAGAGAGAUACCUGACGGCAAACGACCGGGCACCAUAGAGGUUAAGAUUACGCGUUCACGACUCAAAAGGAAGACCUCAUGGGCGCCCUCCCGCAAAACAAAAGCCCAGCCUGAGAACAUCGAGACCCUCCAUGAGACGACGAAGAAGAGCGGGAUGCAUUGUGUCUCCUUUGGAAAAACAAUUCUUUGUCGUAAGCCCACGAAUACUAAAUAUGUCACGCGCAUCGAUCGGUGGUCCGCACCAUAUGUCACAUUCAAGUUCCACUAUAGGCCUCACGCAAUCCUCAAGGCACGCGGUAUCAUAGAAAUGAUUGAACUCAAUGGGCUGGACGGUACAGCUCCCGGGGACGGCGUCUUCGCAGUACAAGAAGACCCAUUGACCCCUGCAGCGCUGCCAGGCGUCGUUGACGUGUCUUUGCGUCCUAAACGACGAGAUGGAUCCCAGGCUCAGGCGGACAUGCCGAGAAAGAGACUGCGCCGUGACAGCAACCCGCAGGCUGCAGAGCCUCCCACCGAGGACCGCUUGUCCACAACUGACGCGGAGGACGCCAAACCGCUUGUGGUCAAAGGCGAGGUCGACGAUGGCGUAGAAGACGUGGAUGCGCUGGAGGCUCAGAUACGGGCUCUACGACAGCGGGUUGAUCGAGCCAACACGAUGAAAGCGCACGGUGGCCAAUCUCGUGUCGUCAAGAGGGAGGUGUCUCCCAUUCGGCUCGGUGGAUUCAAUGGCGGUGUCAUAGACCUCACAGACGACUGAGGCACUUCGCCGCCGGGAGGCCUUCUUUCACUGGGCGGGUGUAUUUUCUGAACUCUUCCAUUGCAGUCUUGCAGAUGUCAGUGCGUAAUUGGGAUGAUUAUUACAUGAUACCAGCUCUCUUGCAGUUCUCGUACUGUACCUCGGCAGAUACUGUGAUGUGGCCCUCGCUUUGUCAUGCUAACAGCGGCAUAUGAUUCUCGUGUCUGAUUUCACUUACUGUACAGACACUAGUCCACAGUACAGUCCCUAUUAGGGGUGCGGAUGAAUUAAUAUCGGCUUGCACUUCA